GAUAUCAAACAUCAACAUACAGUAGAGCUACAGUAUAAGUGCCUAAAAGGCCUAAUAUCACGCUUUAAUUAUAGCGCAAUUAUUAUAUUCCUAGGUUGCAGCAGAUUGAAGUAAACCUAUUUUAGUAACUCUGUGCUCAGUAGUAUUACAGUAGUACAAAUACUGCAGCGUAGUACUGCGUUAGUUCAUGUUUCCCUUUUAUUGCCAUCACAAACACGCUGGGAUGCUGGAGGAACUUUUGUUUGUACAGCAACACAAAGCCGAUUACGAUCCGGGGGGGGACACCGCCAUAGGUGAUCCUGCAUUUCUAUUGGUCCCCGCCGUGGUUGCAGGAAGUGGUUGCAGCCAAUCGGAGGGCGCAGCGCUUUAUCUCCCCCGGUCCCUGUCAGCAGCGUGCGCUUCUUCUUUGUAAGUUAGUUUUCAGAGUUCCGUGGUGCGCGGCUGGUGUUGGUGUGGAAAUGGUUCUGAUAACGACGCCACGGAUGGAGCUGCUGGGCGUGCGGUGCGUUAAAGACGCUACUUUCCACCCAGUCUGCCGGUCGCUGAUGGCCACGUCGUGUGUGCUGGCGGUGCUGUCCGUGUCCAUGUAUCCGGGGCUGUCCUCACUGGGGGUCCGGCUUCAUUCAGCCUUAACAGGGGCCUAUCUACCAGGACACUACUCUGUUCUCCUCAUCAACAGCCCCAACGAACAGACAGCUAAGGACAUUGGCAGUGCCAUCAUGGAGAAGCGGCUGGCAGCCAGCGUUAACAUGCUCUUCAAGACCUCCACCAUGUACUACUGGAAAGGCGAAAUCCAGGAGGCGAGUGAAAUUCUAAUGCUGCUGAAAAUUAAAACCUCCACGGUUCAGCAAGUCACGGAAUACGUGAGGUCUAUCCAUCCCUAUGAAAACCCAGAAGUCCUCAGCUUCAGGGUGGAGGAUGGCAGUCUGCCGUACAUGAAAUGGAUGGAUGAGGCCAUUCGAGACAAGUGAGAACCCAUCAAAGUCGGAGCCAAUCUCAUCAUGGACUCGAGUCCAACAAACAGACUGAGCCGCGUGGUGCAGCCUGUUGUUUAAAGGCUGCGGAUCGAAGGGAUCAGAGCGGAGUGGGACGAACACAAGUUCGAUAUGUGACAUUUACGCUACUUUGAUGCUGUGACCUUUUCACUUUAAAUUCCACAAUGCACUGGAAAUUUGAUUUCAGUUUUUUAUAAGCUUUACAUACAGCACAAAAACAGAAACAAUGCCCAAAGCCUCUAGAUUGACACAAACAGUAGACUUGGCACAAACAAAAUGGUAAAAAUAUUUCUGAGAUAUAUAAGAAGAUUAAUUUCAUUUAUGUCUAACCAAGAUGAACACCGCUGAUCCGGGCUGGACAUCAUCUCCACAGUAGUCGUCAUGUCAAAUGAAUUAAUAAUUGACCAAAACAAACCAAUUUGCUAAUCAGCUCUUGCAUGAGAGCAGCUUUCACAAACAUUAAUUAUGACCAAGGCACAUAAGCUACGUCAUCAUCAUGUGCGUUUGAAUAUGCUAGUGUUCCUCCAGUCACUUCAGCUGCGCCGUGCUAGCGGUCGUAGCCACGCAUGGUUGCCUGAUUUGGACAAAACCGCUCACUGAGUCGUCAGCGUGCAAAACAAGCUGCGGCUGCGAGGCCUCCACAAAGGAAGUGCAGACGUGGUUUUAGCGGGGCGUUGUGGCUGCGUGUCUCGCCCCACAGAUAGUAAUCUUCAUUUGGUGGCAGCGUGUGUACGUGAGCUUGUGUCUCUGAUUGAUGUCCGAAUGUUUUUAUUCAUCUGCUUAUGACACCUUUAUUGUAAAGGCUACCAUGUACAUUCUGGUAUUUCUGUGAGUCAGGUUCGGCUGAUUGGAGAUUAAUGGCACCAUAUGGUUGAAAAAUUGAACAGUAUGCAAUUCAAAUAAAAAUUCACUAGAUGGUGGUGUUUUAAUACAUAUGAGAACUCACUGCUUUUACAUCAUUCGUUAUUUCCAUAAACAGUGUUCUGAAGAGCAGCCCCACCCCAGAUAUCGGACUCGAUGAAAUAUUUGACUAUGUAGUUUUAUGUACAGUAAAACUGAGCCACACGGUUGGAGAUCAUUUUCAGUGUUUAACUUCAUUUGUACUUCUUGUUUUCACCAUUGCUGCAGAGAUUAUAAAUGUUACUUGAUGUCACCACUGUGCACCGUAGUCAGGUGGACCCUUUGAAAAAGUGCCAGUUUUUACAUCCCCUCAAAAGCUUUACAAUUAAUUCAGCAAACCUUUGGCAGGUUGCCAUGUGUCUUUGCAUCCAUUGCCCUGAUCAAUAAACUGGGCCAUCCCAGUAACCAAGGCUUUUUUUGCCCUUUGUCUGGGGAGUCUAACUUUUAACCCAAGAACCUGCAUUGGGAUGUGUUGCACAUGGUUUAUUUUGUUUGGUUCAUGUCCUGCAAAUUUUUCCUUCAGGUAGAAAUGGGUCCAGGCUCUUAUGGGUUAUGUUCAGCCUCCUGGGAACAAUAAACUUGAGAUUUUGCUAUACUGUA